GUGAAUUGAAUUGUUAAAAUAUGAAAGCUUAGGAUUUAUUUUGGAAUUAACACCAGUGAAAAACCUAUGAUACUCCACACAACUCAAAAAAUGUGAAAAAGAAAAAAGAGCAGGCAGAAGAUGGCGUCGAUUGAAGAUGAGGAAUUACGUCGCAGAAAAUUGGAACAAGCCCUCGAAGUGAAAUCCCUCCGUCGUAUUAUUAGCGCUUAUCUCAACUAUCCAGAGGCUGCGGAGGAGGAUAUUAGAAGAUAUGAAAGAUGCUUUGGAAGGCUUGUGCUUGCCCACAAGGCGCUGUUGUUGCACCUUCCGCUGAAAUUUCAAAAACUUAGAUGGUGUGUCACACAAAAUUCUUACUUCAUAUUUGAAAUGCUCAAGGCCUUUGAACCCCCUCUUGAUAUGAGUCUGGACGUUGAUAUUUCUGAUGAUCAAACCAUGGCAAAUGCCUCAGAUAACUGUCUUUUGUCUAGUGAGAUGACCGUUCUUCCUUGUCAGUCUGGCUCAAAUAGUAGCAAAAAGCCUUUUCCAAGGGCUGAUGGUUUUAGCUCCGGAGAAGGCAAUGGGGCUCAUGGAUCCUUCACAUCAGAAAUUGUUAAUGAGGCAAAGAAUAUCAGUAAUUCGGAUGAAAAUGCUGGGAAAUGUUCUCUCUUUGAGAGUGAUAGAAAGGUAUCUUCAUCAUCAUCACCUGAUUGGUUGGACUCAUCAUUACAGUUCCGUGUACCUUUAGUUGAUGUAGAUAAGGUGCGAUGCAUCAUAAGGAACAUUGUCAGAGACUGGGCAAGUGAGGGUCAGCGUGAACGUGACGAGUGCUAUAAGCCAAUACUUAAUGAACUUGAACGACUUUUUCCAGAUCGUUCCAGGGACAGUCCUCCUGCAUGUUUAGUUCCUGGGGCUGGACUCGGGAGGUUAGCAUUGGAAAUUUCAUGUUUGGGUUUUAUUAGCCAAGGGAAUGAGUUUUCUUAUUACAUGAUGAUAUGCUCCAGUUUUAUAUUAAACCAGUAAGUGGCAGUGUUAGGAUUUCUGUUCUUUAUAAUUUUUAUCGGCAUGAUGCUAAUUUGUAAGUUCAUAGCUGUCGAAUUGCUGAGGAGUGGACAGUAUAUCCAUGGAUACACAGUAAUUGCAAUUCUCUCUCAGACAAUGAUCAAUUUCGUCCUAUUUCAUUUCCAGAUAUUCAUCCAGCAAGAAAUUUGUUGGAACAGUUCAGGGAUAACUGAUGGCUUCUCAAUGUGUGGGGGUGAUUUUAUUGAAGUCUAUAGCGAUCCAAGUCAAAUAGGAGUUUGGGAUGCAGUUGUGACAUGUUUCUUUAUAGAUACAGCACACAACAUUGUUGAAUAUAUCGAGAUUAUCUCAAGAAUCCUCAAGGAUGAGGGUGUCUGGAUAAAUUUGGGUCCCUUGCUUUAUCAUUUUGCUGAUAUGUAUAAUCAGGACGAUGAGAUGUCAAUCGAGCUGAGCUUGGAAGAUGUAAAGAGGGUUGCCUGUCAUUAUGGAUUUGAAAUAGAGAAGGAAUCAACAAUAGCGACAACUUACACAACAAACAUGAGAUCAAUGAUGCAGAAUCGAUAUUACGCUGCAUUUUGGACCAUGCGAAAGAAGCCACUUGUGUUGAGGACACAUGAUGCACAAUAAGUAAUAGUAAUGUUGUCUACCGGGCAAAAGAGAGACGUUGCAGUGAAAAGUGAAGUGCAGAUUGUGUGACAAAUUCUUGGUCUAUAAAUGAUGUCUAGCUUAUCUGAAAAAACAAAAAUAAAAAUGAUCUAAUGUAAAAGCACUGAAGUUUUGGAGUCUUAUCAAAUUGUGGCUGAAUUAUAGGAUUCACGUUGAGAUAUUUUUGUGUAUACUUUAUACUGUUUCUGGGCGAUCCUACUAGGGUUGUAUACACUAAAAUCUAUACGAUUUCGGGCAGUUCAUGGAUCUCUCUCUUAUUCCUAUAAAAAAAAUGAAGGUCCACAUAUGGUUGACACGUGGUUAUUUUUUUUUCUUUUGUGAAGUUUAAUUGAGGACGUGAAACGUGGUGUCCCUUGUGGGGGCGUGUAGG